GACAGGAGCAAACGGAGGUCUGUGUGUCGGAGUUCAUCGCAGGAAACACGCUACCAAAUUCCCCACAGAGUUGCUCUGUAGAGUAUCCAUGUAGUCAGCUGUUACAUGAACUCACUUCAUGACAGUUGGGGAGAUGUGGGAUUCCUAUCAGUGACAGCACCUGCUGACCAAACAGGGGACUAAUGGGAAAGCUUUACCUGCUGCUGCUGCACCCGCCGUCUCCAUUAAGAUGAGCCCAGGGGAAGUGGAACGCGGUUGACAGUGUGAGCCAAGGGGAAUUCAACAUUUGGGCCAAGAUAUCCUCACACUGAGCCAAAAACAAACUUGCUCUAGUUAACACCACGAAAGGAGAUACACACUCACUGAGACACACUCCCUAUCAGCCAACGCAAUGCUGAUGCCAGGACCGCUGUGGGUGUGCCUGGCUCUGUUAUGGGCAGGAGGCUGCAGUGCCCACAGCCUGUUUACUUGUGAGCCAAUCAAAGUGCAUCGGUGCCUGGGGAUGCCCUACAACAUGACUUUCUUUCCCAACAUGAUGGAGCACUACGAUCAGGAUAUUGCAGCCAGUAAUAUGGAUCCAUUCAUGCCUAUGGCCAACCUCCGCUGCUCUCCAGAUGUACACCACUUCCUGUGCCAGGCCUUCUUCCCAGCAUGCACCGAGGAGAACAAAGUGAUCCGUCCGUGUCGAGAGCAGUGUGAGACCGUUGUGUCCGACUGCAAGGAUAGCAUCAGAGUGUUCGGUAUCAGCUGGCCGCCCGAGCUGCAGUGCGACAAAUUAGACCCAUGUGGUUCCCCGGAUGGUUCUGAGCUUCCAGUCACCACCCCGAUGAGCCCUGCAUCAGCUAAGAGGGACCUGGGCUUCUGGUGUCCCCUGCAGCUGAAAACAAAGCCGGGCCUCGGCUCAUCGUUCCUGGGCGCCCAGGACUGCGCUCCGCCUUGCUCCAACAUGUACUUCAAACCCCACGACAUCGACUUCGCCAAGAGCUUCAUUGGCGUGUGCUCCAUCAUAUGCCUGGGCGCCACACUCUUCACCUUCCUCACGUUCCUCAUCGACGUGAAACGUUUCCGCUACCCCGAGCGGCCCAUAAUCUUCUACGCCGUCUGCUACAGCUUCGUCUCGCUCAUCUACUUCAUCGGCUUCCUGCUGGGGAACAACGCGGCCUGCACCAAGGCGGCCCAUCCUACUGGCGUGGAUACAGUGGUGCUAGGCUCUCAGAGUAAAGGCUGCACUCUGCUUUUCAUGCUCCUUUACUUCUUCUCCAUCGCAGGUAUCGUCUGGUGGGUCAUUCUCACCAUCACCUGGUUCCUGGCAGCUGGACCCAAGUGGAGCUGUGAGGCCAUAGAGAAAAAAGCGGUAUGGUUUCACUCUGCUGCCUGGGGCAUCCCCGGGGCUCUGACCGUCAUGCUGCUGGCCCUCAACAAAGUGGAAGGGGACAACAUCAGCGGGGUUUGCUUCGUAGGACUCUACGACCUGGACGCCCUGCGCUACUUCGUCCUGGCUCCCCUGUGCGUGGGCGUCGUGGUCGGCCUUUGCCUCAUCCUGGCGGGCAUCGUUUCUCUCAACCACGUCCGGCAGGUCAUCCAACACGACGAGCGCAACCAGGAGAAGCUGAAGAAGUUCAUGAUCCGCAUCGGCGUGUUCAGCUGCCUCUACCUGGUCCCGCUGGUCACCCUGCUGGCUUGCUACACCUACGAACUGAGUCACCGCAGCACCUGGGAGAACACCUGGAUCAACGACCGCUGUCAAGAGUACAGCAUCCCCUGCUCAUACAAGACAACAGAGCAUGACCGUCCUGACCUCUCCUUGUUUCUGGUGAAAUACUUGAUGACGCUGGUGGUUGGAAUAUCUGCAGUGUUCUGGGUCAGCAGCAAAAAGACGUGCUCACAGUGGGCCUACUUCUUCAACAGGACCCGCAAGAGAGAUCCCAUCAGUGAGAGCCGCCGGGUGCUCCAGGAGUCCUGCGAGUUCUUCCUCAAGCACAACAGCCGUGUCCAGCACAAGAAGAAGCACUACAAGCCGAGCUCCCACAAGCUCAAGGUCAUCUCUAAAUCUAUGGGCACGAGCACCGGCAUCGCAACCACCAACGCCUCCGUCGCCGCCACCACCACCAAUCAAGGAACCUCGGCUCUGGGCAAUCACGAUCCCCACAUACAAGGUUCCCUGUCUGAGAUGUCAGCCAGGGAGCACAUGGAGAGGGGCACCUCCGGCCGAGGCUCCAGGCGCGGAGACAGAGAGAGGGAGAGAGAGAGAGAGAGGGAGGGGGGAGAGAGACGUAGCAAAGGGGGAAACUCCAGUAAGGUCAGCAGCCGCUCGGAGAGCUUACACAGAGUCCCAGAUGGGAGGAUGACUCCAAAGAGCGAGCUGUCAGAGGUAAGGCAGCAGCAUUCAGCUUUAAACCGAUCACUCAGCAGCAGCAUCCAAGAAUCCAGCCACCAGCUGGUACACAAGGUGCCAGAGGAGAGCAAGGACACAAAGGACAGCAACUGCUGAGACAUCCGACCACCAAAAUUAUCCAUUCAUCCAUCCAUCCAUCCAUACAUCUCUCCAUCCAUCUAUCCAUCCAACUUUGAAACCACUGAGACAAGUGAUGUUGGUUGAUGCAUCUGUUUCAACCCAUGUACUAUCAUACAUCAUAUUAGUUCUAUACACAUGAUCAUAAUUGCAUUGGUUAAAUUGUAGUCAGUGAACUUCCAUGGCCAGAAAAAAAGUACCUCAAGUAUUUUAAAUGUGGUAUUUUGGACCAGUGUACAGAGGAUGUUGCUGCAACUCAGCUAUACAACUACCAAUGGUCAUUUACUUUAUAGCAUGCAUGAACAACUUUAGUCCUACCGUUUGGUAGAUUUGUAGCUGAAUUGUGUAGAAUACAUAUUAGUGAAUAAAUGCAAUAUUUGUGUAAAUAUUCUAUUUUUUAGAAAUUAAGUCUCUCACUGGACUAGUCGUGACACUGAGAAUCUUGUUAAGAGGCCAUGAUGUUACCAAACAUUCAGAAUAAGGAAAGUCUUCCUGUGGUAAACAGUUGUAUUGAAUGUCUUAUUCUGCUUCCUGUAAUGGGGGGUUUUGUCUUUAAAGCUCAUGUAGUAAUACACACAGUAUGCUACUUUUUUUACUACUUUGAUUUUUAAACCAAGUUGAAUUUGUGAGUCUCUUGACGAACUUUUCUUAAAAAACAUAUUUUAACUGUA